UCCACCACAUCACCGGCGCUCGCCCUUCUCCCCCUCGCAAUCGCAUCGCAUCGCGUCGCCCGGAUUCUUAUUCCUCCGCGGAAACCUCACGCAAUCCCAACAGAUAUCCCCCCUCGCAAGUCGCAAUCCCGUCCCCUAUCCGCGGUAAUUCGUUCGGAUCGGAGCCCCUUCUGCGUCUCAUCCAUCCCGUCUCGGAUCCCCUCUCCCCACGACCUCAUAAGCGACUUUCCCCCCUCCUUGGUUCUUGAUUGCAGCAGCGACUCCUGGUGGUGCUUCGCCGGCAGUCUCCUCGCGUCCGUACUGUGUCGACACCGUCAGCAAUUCCGGUCAUUGGUUUGGUUUCUGAGAUAAUAACAGGUCCAAGAGAAGUAGAAGCAAAGGUCCAAUCAAGAUGUUUUACGCGGGAUAUGGUUACCAUGCUAGUAAUUUUGAGCAAACGUACCGCUGCUAUCCAGCAUCUUUUUUUGACAAGCCACACCUGGAAGGUGGUGACAAAGUAAUAAUGCCGCCAUCUGCCCUUGAUCGUCUGGCUUCCCUGCACAUUGAGUAUCCUAUGCUAUUUGAACUGCACAAUGGUGUCACCGACAGGAUUUCACACUGUGGUGUAUUGGAGUUUGUAGCAGAAGAAGGCAUGAUCAUCAUGCCCUACUGGAUGAUGCAAAACAUGCUUCUUCAAGAGGGUGACAUUGUGCGUGUCAAGAAUGCUACUCUUCCCAAGGGUACAUAUGUGAAGCUGCAGCCUCACACAACUGAUUUCCUGGACAUCUCGAAUCCCAAAGCCAUCUUGGAGAAAACUCUAAGAAACUUCUCUUGCUUAACCACGGGCGACAGUAUCAUGGUAGCUUACAACAACAAACAGUAUUAUAUUGAUAUUGUUGAAGCAAAACCUGCUUCUGCAGUUAGCAUUAUUGAGACAGACUGUGAGGUGGACUUUGCACCUCCUCUUGAUUACAAAGAACCUGAAAAACCACAGCGUCCCAUAGUUCCUGCAGGCAAGGCACCUGCUGAAGAUCAAGAGGCUAUUGUUGAAGAUGACCCAAAGUUCAAACCAUUCACUGGUUCAGGAAAACGGCUGGAUGGUAAGGGCCCGAAACAACCAGCACCUGGAGCUUCUUUGGCCGCUGUGGCUGCACGUUCUGCGCCUUCAGACUCGAACAAAAGGGCAAAUCAGCAAACUGCAUCACCUUCAGGAGCCAGCACAUCAACGCGCCAGAAAACGGGAAAGCUUGUGUUUGGUUCAAGUGCAAGCAGCAAGAAAGAAGCAGAAACACAGAAGGAGCCUGCCAAAGGGAGCGAGCCUCCGAAGAAGGAAGAGCCGAAGUUCAACGCAUUCACAGGAAAGAGCUACUCGUUGAAGCGCUAGCUGCUGCUGGUAUUUAUUGUCAGCGACAACUUUGGCAAUCAAACACGCUAUCUUGCUUGGAAGUUGUCUGGUUACCGUAGUGAACUUUGUAUCUCCACUUCGCAUUCGUCUGAAUCAGCACACCAACCGCGUGUGAUAGGAAAACGAAGUGAUAAACGGUUUAGCUCGAUGGAAAUCUGUUUAUCAAGUAGUACAAUCAUUUCUCAACAAUUUGCCAGUAUGCAGUCUUGGUAUUCUGUUCCA